UACAAAGUCAGGGCAUCAGAGGAUAAUUUAAAAUUAAAUAUUCAUGAAGCCAUUAGAAAUAAUAGAAAAAAAAUUUCAUCCGAGUGUAAAAAAAUAUUUAGUGGAGCUUCUCUAACGGGUACAUCGAUCUGGAUAAAUGAAGAUAUUGUUUAAAGAAUGAGUUAACCUGAAAAAAUGUCUAAUACCCGAGGAAUCAAAGACAUCGAUCCCUCAAAAUUCAACUCCGUCUCGAGUGAGGACUGUCCCUGUCCGGACACCCCGACAUCCUCUAAACGUCUCGAGAGAAUUCCCCGACGGAUGAAAACGAGGGGUUGCAGGAGCAGAAGAAAUGUUGACUCUGGGAGAGUGAAGAGAAGUCCCUCGAGUGUCUAUGAAAAAACUGGGAUUGAGAGAGGAAAUACAAGAGAAACUACAGCAUCUCCAGUUGUUAAAGUCACCAGUGUUGAAGUACUAAAAAGUUGGUCGAGAGACUCACGAACGAGAAGAAAAGAUAGAGAGAAAUUGGUGAGAGAUUCCUCAUCAAACCGAUCGUCUUCGGAUUCCCGAAAACUCCCGAAUCAUUCCCAAAAUCCUCAGAAAUCCAAAAAAUCGGAGUCAUGCAGCUGCUGCGACUGCGUGGAGCGGCUGAAAGCCGAAAGGCUGAAACUCCUCAGCUCCACCAAAAAACGCUCAAAAUCCCGAUGCACUCCGUCGUCAGCUCCUCCUCAGGGCUCACCAACUCGUAAAUUAUGCAGCAUGCUGAAAACCCGAGCAGCAAAACGGAUAAUUGGGUGCACCUGCAUCAACGACGACUGGAAUCCCAGUUGCUCGGUGGAAUGCAGGUGCCCUGAAAGCCCUGGAACAAGAACAGUCUCGCGAUCAUCUAAAAAAUCCACGAAUGACAACACAAACGGCCCUGACGACUGCCUGAGCAUUUGCUCCUGCUCCUCUCCGGAGCGAAUCCCUGAAAAACUCAAGCUCCAGGACCUCCAGCCGACGGUGGCACCUCCCAGCAACUGGAAGAAUUUCGGUGCGUACCUGAAGAAAUUCGGAGAUGAGUACAGGAUACUCUCGUCACACCUGAAAUCAAUCCGUCGGGAGAUCGAGGCAGUGAAGAAACCUGGUGAGACCUUCCGGAGGAAGAUCACCAGGAGGUACCCUGACAAGGAGUUCUCCUUCGAGGUGAGAUCGACUGACAACUCCCGGAGGAAAAACAAGUCGACGUAUUUUGAAGUUCAAACGGUUGAUCGCGGGUGUCAAUGUCUUGAUCUUCAAAACUCAAGGCCAAAUCCGAAGUUCAGACCGAGGAUCAGGGAUUUUGAUCGUUACGACUCCAAUUUCGAAGCAGAUGAAGAGCAAACGAAGGCCGAGGGCCUCACCUGCAGGAGAUCCCUCUGCCAAUGCAGUGUAGAUCAACCAGAUGAAGAUGAUCAGGCAAAUGAAGAUAAAGGAGAUAAAACAACAAAAGCCAGAUUCUCAGAAGAACUGAACAAGUUCAGGGAUCAGCGGAAUGAGCGUCAGCCCCGGAGGAUCAGAACCCGAAGAAUUCGCCACGACUUCUCCCUUCCUAGAAUAGUCCCAGUGAAUCGAGAAGGCAAAGGCAGAGACGAGAACAGAAUGAUGAUCUACCCUCCGAAGGAUCAGACCGGCUGUCCCCUGACGCUCUACAAAAGUGGAUCCUUCGUCAACUGUUCAGUCGAACAGGUUGAUGAUGCUGGCUUCAAAUAUGAUGUGUCCUACGUCCAGAGGUAUGUCAGCCUGCCCUGGCAACCUGGUCAGUACACUGAACUCAAAGAUGACAGCACUGAUGAUUACGGCUGAUCAUUCGACGAGAGUUCACAGCACCAAAUCAUUCAGUUCCCUUCAGCUGGACAAAAAAAUUAAUCAAUCCACCGGUAUCAAACAAUCGUAUGAGUUGAAAUUGAAUUUAAUGGUGAUGAGGAAACACAACUCCAUGACCCAAAUCAUGCUUUCACUCAACUGUACAGCAACUGAA